AUGUCAGAUUGUGCACAAGAAAUCGAAAAUGCGAUUAUCAACUCUUUUCCAGAAGUUAUCCUUCAUUGGUGUGCAGUUCAUGUAAUGAGGGCGUUCAGAAAAAAUUUGAAAGAUUAUGCAUUUGAGAGUUCAGACAAAUUGAUAUUAGAUACAAAAAUGAACUAUCUUGCAUACGGCAGAAAUGGCAAGAAAGAAUGGAUUGAACCAACGUUCAAAAAAAUUCUGGAAAUAGCCGAAAAAUUCCCAGAAUUUUCAAAAUACAUACAAAAUCAAUGGAUAUCAAACCAAGAAAGAUGGACAGCCGCUGAAAGAGAUGAAAAUUUAGCUCUCACAAAUAACAUUUCAGAAUCGAUUAACAAAAAAAUUAAAUAU